AUGUGGCGGCUGACCCCGUGGGUGGGCGCGCUGGGCUGGCCCCCCCGUGCCAAACGGGCCCGGGGGGUGGGGAGCCAGCCCCUGGCACGGCGGGCGGGCCGUGGGUCGCGGCCGGGCAGUCUCGGCGGGGCCAUGAACGGGCUGAAGGGUUGGUGCGCGGUGCUGGACGUGCGGCCCCACGGCGAGAGCCCGGAGAGCGUGAAGGUGCUGCGGCUGACGCUGCCCCAUGAGCUGCCGGGCGAGCGGCGCGAGCAGGCCAAGCAGAAGCCGGUGGGAAAAGCCUACGCCAUGGUGGCCAACAAAUCCAGCAACGGGCACGCCCUGGCCUCGGAGUGCGUCAAGUCCAACGAGGGGGACGAGGAGAUCAUCAAGGUUUAUCUCAAAGCCCGAGCCGAGGGUGGCACAAACCACGAGGAGAAGGUGACGCAGGUCAAGAGCCAAGUUCGCUACAUCCAGGAGGUGGUGCUGGAGCAGCAGAACGGGAGCUGGUCCUGCCCCGAGAGGCUCCGGGGGGACUCCUGGCAGGAGCAGGAGGAGGAGGAUUGCUCCAGCCAGGACGUGGAGACGCUCCAGCAGACGGCCAGGAGGCUCCUCAGGAGGCUGCAGGAGGCUGAGAAGCGCCAUCAGUUGGAGAGGAAAGCCUUUGAGAGGACGGUGGCCCAGUACCAGGAGGACGCGGAGAGGACGAGCUCUGCCCUCCGGAGAGCCGAGAGGAACGCGCAGCAGAAGGAGCUGCAGGUGGAUGAGCUGCAGAGAAGCCUGGCCGGGCUGGAAAAGGAGCACCGGGCUCUGGUGGUGGAGAUGAAAGCCGGCGAGGCCGAGCUGGCGCGGCUGCGGAGCGUGGAAGGGGACAAGCUCGCCCAGCAGGACCGGGUGGCCCAGCUGGAGAAGGAGGUGGCCAUGCUGAGGGAGAAGAUCCAUCACCUGGAUGACAUGCUGAAGAGCCAGCAGCGCAAAGUCCGGCAGAUGAUCGAGCAGCUCCAGAACUCCAAGGCGGUGAUUCAGGACAAGGAUUCCACCAUCCAGGAGCUGAAGGAGAGGGUCUCGUACCUGGAGGCUGAGAACCUGGAGAUGCACGACCGCAUCGAGCACCUGAUCGAGAAGCAGGUCAGCCGGGGCGGGCACAGCUCCAGGGCCCGCUCCAAGUCGGAAUACAACCUGGAGAUGCACGACCGCAUCGAGCACCUGAUCGAGAAGCAGGUCAGCCGGGGCGGGCACAGCUCCAGGGCCCGCUCCAAGUCGGAAUACGUGAGCAGCAAGAGGCUGACAGGCCCCAAACCGCUGCCUCUGAUCCGGGUGGUGGAGACCUGA